AUGCCACCUCCAACCAUACCAACCAUAACACACUCACCGCCCCCCGCGGAUAAUCAACCGGUUCCCGCCCCCAACCACCAGCCACCCGAGCCUCCCAAGCAUGCAGCAGUCACUGCGGUGCAGUCACAACCGGAGCGAAGAGGGAGCACCGGCAUGGUCGAUCCGUCGUCAACAUCACACGCGAUGGACAUAGACCCGACGCGAGGCUGCUCGGUCCCGAUUCCGGAGAGAUCACAGUAUCUUGAGUCGUUCUGGACCGCGCCGUCAUCUGGUCCACAGUGCUCUCCGCCGGUAUCACCCAAGACACUACCGGAGCACGUCCAACCGUCUAUGCUCCGGCUCGACGAGCAUCACGGUCCGGCGCCUGGGCCCACGAAUGGGCUGAGUGGUGGCGGUGGAGCGGUGGUGAACAGUGCUGGCUUUCCCGGAUCGGCUCACCCGACUAACAGCCCGGCCCGUAUGGGCUCUCAACCGCCAACAGUGAGAGCGGAAGGACACAAGCACCGUCGAUUCAACUCUGGCUGGCGCUGUUGA